CUCGAGGUCGAUCUCGAAAUGGACCCAGCUUGUUGUAAAGACCACAAGACAGGCCACAUCCCUUCGAUCCAGACCACAUCACGACCUACUUUGUAGGGCAGGUUUUCUUCACAAGAGCUCGCCGACUGCCCGCCCUUUUUGACUCCGUAACGAACGUGCACGAGAACUAAGGAUUGCGACCAAGUUUGAUUUCAUUCAUUCCUUCCUUGUUGUCGGGUCACCUUUAUUUGCAUUCAUGACAAGCUCCCAGUCGCUCCUUCUUCCUCCCCUCGCCUGUCUGUACUUUUUGGCCCCAACUUUCAAGACCCAGACUCCGCCGCCCUGACGUCCCUGUCCCUGCAACCCAUCGACUUCCAGCAGUUGCAGCCACUUCAACUCACCCGCAUUUCCUUCAACGGCCCAUUCGUACUCCCCGCCUCGACAACCGUCUCUUCCUUUUUAUUAUCCUUUCGGCCGGUGCUACCAGGCAUAGCUGUUAAAACUUGGUGGAGGGUGAAGGGAGCUAGGCAACACCAACGUCACGAUGCCUUGUAAGUGUCCCUUCUACCUUCUUCCUUUGCCAAAUAAUACCUCUAUUGCAUCUGCCUUUGCGCCCAGUCACUCUAGUCCAUGCAUCCACACUCCUUCCUCAGACCCCUCGAAGAUGCCACGCGCAAACUACCUUACCCUAUGAGGUACCUGAUGGUCAAGGCGCCCGCGACAAACGCCUCGCUACCUCUCUCGAACCUGCGCGCGCAUCAUGGUCCAACCUCGAUUCCCUCUCUACCUGCUCACACAUUGAGCCCAGCUAUAUGAGACAGCUGGUGCUCUUUUGGUAGCUCUUCGCCGCAGUCCCAUCUCUUCUCAUUUCGUUAUCGCGCAGACGGGGACUUCAACAUGGGUGUCUUGAAGGCCCAUACCUACAUCAGCCAGGGCCUUUCAGAAGCCAUGGCCAGUGAUGACUGGCACUGCAACUUCGUUUUGCAACAUCGGCUAACUUUUAUAUCAGCAUCCCUCGUUGAGGAUGAGUACAUCAACGGCCAAGCGACGGUCCAUAACGUCGCUGAGCUCGAGGAGUGCUCCAUCGCCAUCGACGCCACGUACUAUCUUCAGUACUUGCUGCAUACGCCGCCGACCCGAGAACCUCUCCUGACCGCUUUGGGUGGUAUGAAUGGGCUUGACAACCACAUCCGGGAAGAUCUGGCGAACUGGAAGGCUCACAAUGUUACACCGUUCUUCAUCUUCGACGGCCAGUCCAUGAUGGGACAAGAUGAGGUCAUGACAAGCCGGGGUCGCAAGUCCAUUGAGAAGUCAACACAGGCCUGGGAACUGUAUGUUAAUGGACAGGCGCAGGAGGCGGUCAACUCGUUUGGCAACCACAAUGGCGCCUUCAUAAUCCAGAACCUAUACAGGAUGCUACAGAAAAUACUGAAGGACUUGGACCUGCAUUUCCUGGUUGCGCCAUACAAUGCAGCUGCCCAGAUCGCAUACUUGGACAUGAUUGAUUCAGACCAAUGCGCCGGUAUCAUGGGCCCGCAAGAGCUUUUGCUUUACCCCAUCAAAGACAUGGUUAUCCGUUCGAUAGACUGGACCAACAAGACUGCAACGGCCAUCUCCAAGCGAAACAUCAUCAAGCAGCUCGGCAUCGGUGAUAACACUUUUGCAGACGCUCUUCUGAUGGUUGGAACCUCGUUCUUGCCCCCUUUUCCACCACUGCAGGACGGCAGCGUUUUGCCUGUGCCCCGCAGGCAGAACGUGGUCGAUGCUAUCAACAUGUUGCGGGCGUCAGAGAAGUCCGUUGCCUCGGCUUGUCACUCUUUCAGUGACAUUUUGAAGUCCCACGACCCUAACUGGCUUGAUAAAUACUCCAAGGCAAAGAUGGCGGUGGCUCAUUUCAUUUACAUCGCAGAAGAUGGCGCCGUAACGGUGCAUGAUUACGACAAGCUUACCAAAGACAAUCACGAGUAUUUGGGCCUUCAGCUACCCGCAGAACUUUUCCACUACCUUAACACCGGCCUGAUUGGCCCACGGAUGCUCAGCUGGAUAACACACAGCAAGAUCACCGUGCUACCAACAAUCGACGGCAACGUUUCGGACGAGUAUCGGAACCUUGUGACGAAGUCAUUGGUCCCUGUAAAAGAGAUGACUCUCAGCCUCCUGAUCCCGCGCUUGAACCGUGGCAUCGGAUUUCGCGACGUGGCGAUGAAGGUCUGGUUCGACGACAAAUUCACCUACAACGUCAACCACCGAAAUGUGCAGCCUUCUCCAGGAAUCAGGACCGCAAGUUGGCUCAUCACGGACAGCAAACUCAAAUCACUCUUCCCCAAGCCAGAAUCGGGAUCCAUUGCCUUUGAGGUUCUUGCUCUCAAGAACCCAGACCUCGUCAGCGCGACAUCAACCAAGGAUAGGAUCAAGGGUGCUUCGCUCGACUCUGCAGAUGUAAUUAUAUCGGUCGCAAUCUGGCGCUUUCUUCACCUGCGCGGCUACGUUUCGGACUCGCACGAACUGACACCCUGGGGCCAAACGCUGGCUCAUGCACUACAAGCCAUUGAGCCAGUGGCCAAGGAGCAUCCCGACUUUGAAGGUCUCUACGAGCAGCUGUUGGUGGCCCUUGAGAUGAUCAGGUUUGGUGUACUUCACACCAAGGCGCCUCAGGACGAGUCCCACGGUCUGCCAUUGAAUGGAUCAGAGGAUGACAAGGGCAGUUUACUACUUUUGAGCCGUGUUGCGACAUUGCUCAAGUUACGGCACGCCCCGACUGGAUACACGGGACCUUUGAACAAGAGUCUGCUCGUGUUCCGCUCCUUGGCAUCCACGGUCAGGGAGGCAGACCGUGACCUUGUCGAGGCUAUUGUUGCAUCGAUGUUUAUGUACGCACAGGCGAAGCGUGAGAGGGAUGAUUCAUGGGAGAUUGGCAACCGCCUCCCAUUCACACAAAAUCCCGACAUCGCGUUUGGUAUUGCAGUCAAGACGCUGCUAGACGAGGUGCAAGUAGGUGAACCUGCCGAGGUGCGGCGUCAGCGCAUGGAGACGUUCCCAGCAGAAUAUGUGCCGCACUCGACAGACUUUGAAGAAGACAUGAGCAUCUUCUAUCAAUUCUUCGGGGCAAUUGCUGGCGCUGUGAAGACGCUCCCUGACAAGGAGCUCAGCGCUACCGCCAAGGGAACAUGGGAGACGGCUGCCAAGUAUCUCGAAUUAAGAAAGUAAGAUUCAUCGGGGGGUGGUUGCAGCUUGUUGCACUCUGUUUGAGAGUGAUUGUAGCGGCGUCUAGGCUUGGAUCAGCACUUGGUGCAUCUGGGUCACUUGAGAUAAGGGCAGUGUGCAGCCUCAUUGGUCAAGUACAAGGGAACAAGUGUGUGACUGGGAUCAAGCUUAAUCUAGGCCAAACUGCCUUUGAGGCGUUGUGGAUAGGAAAAGCACAACGAAA